UUUCCCUCUUUGACGAUUCAACUCAACUUCCCUUUUGCAUUUGUUUCUUCUCCCCAAAGAAAAAAAAGGGAAAUGAUUUUCCUUAAAAAUCUAGCGCGUUUACCCCAUUUGACUAACUUCUAAUUUCCUUAAAAAUCUCAUAAAUUUCCAAAACAAGAAUCAAUUAACAAAAUUAAACCCAGUAUCACUGACAGAAGUGUGAACCAAAAACCCAGAAAUUCUCUUAUAAAACCCCCCCACAUUCUUCCACUUUCCCUCCCCUUUUCUCUUGAUUCUUCCUUUUUUUCUUGAUAUAAUCACUUUUCAAACAGUAGUUACAGUAAGAAAUUUGUGGGAUUAAAUUUUUUAUGCUCAAUUAUUGGGAAUUUUUUUAGUGAAUUUUGAGCAUUUAAUUUGAGAGUUAAGAUUUAUCAAUGGGAUCUUCAAUUUCAAGUUGAAAUAUUUUUCUGGGGUUUUGGAAUUUUGUUUCAUGAACAAGAUUUAUAAUAACAGUAAUUAUAACAACAAUUUCUGGGUUCAAAAAUUCAAAUUUGUGAGACUUGAGAAUGUUAUUCUACAGAGGUAUGCGAUUAUGCAGAUUGGUUUCUUUCCUGUUCUUGCUCUUCACUUCACAGAUUGCACCUUUGACAGUAAAUGCUUUUACUGGAACUUAUGGAAUUAACUAUGGUAGAAUUGCGGACAAUAUCCCAACACCAGAGAAAGUUGUUGAACUUUUGAAAGCUGCAAAGAUACGAAAUGUCAGAAUAUUUGACUUUGAUCACAGUGUGCUUCAGGCCUUCAGCGGGACUGGGCUUGAGUUAGUUGUUGGACUUCCAAACGGGUACCUCAAAGAUAUGAGUGACAAUGCAGAUCAUGCACUUAGUUGGGUCAAAGACAACAUACAACAAUUUUAUCCUCAGACUCGAAUUGUUGGUAUCGCUAUUGGAAAUGAAGUAUUGGGGAAUGAUCAGGACCUCUCGGAAAGUCUUUUAGGUGCAGCAAAGAAUAUUUAUAACGCAACCAAAAGUCUUCAUCUUGAUCAUAAAAUUCAAAUAACAACGUCCCAUAGUUUCGGUGUUUUUGAUAAUUCUUAUCCUCCAUCCAAUUGCACGUUCAGAGAUAACGUGAAGCAACAGUUUAUGGUGCCACUUUUAGACUUCUUUUCAAAGAUCGGGUCUCCUUUUUGUCUGAAUGCUUAUCCUUUCCUAACCUACAUGAGUGAUCCAAAACACAUUGACGUAAAAUAUGCUCUUUUCCAGAAAAAUGCUGGAAUUGUUGAUUCCCAAACAAAACUUCAUUAUGACAAUCUGCUUGAUGCUCAGAUUGAUGCAGCUUAUGCUGCUCUUGAAGAUGCAGGUUUUAAGAAGAUGGAAGUGAUAAUUACUGAGACUGGUUGGGCAUCUCGUGGGGAUCCAAGUGAAGAAGUUGCUACUCCAGAAAAUGCAAGGACCUACAAUUACAAUUUGCGAAAGAGACUAGCUUUGAGGAAGGGAACGCCUAUGAGGCCAAAAAUCAUGCUUAAAGCUUAUGUGUUUGCAAUGUUCAAUGAGGACGACAAACCUGGGCCGAAUUCUGAGAGGAAUUUCGGGCUUUGGAAACCUGAUGGCAGCAUCUCGUAUGAUGUGGGUUUUCCUGCAUUGAAGUCAUCCGCUUUAGCUAUAUCACCCUUCUCCAUAAAGGAUAUACGAGCUCAAGGUUGGUUGACAUCCUACUCCACCACAUUUACUACUUCUAUGAUGAUAUUAUUUCUGCUCUUGAGAUCAUGAAAAAGCAUCGAUUUAGAACUUCACUAAGGAGUUAAACAAGUAGCAGGUAUUCUUCAGAGUGUUGAGUAAACUAAUCUGUUGUGCUGAUAGAAAACAUGUUGAGAGUAUGUUUCCAGCAGCCACAGAUGAUUUUUGUAACUAUUAAAAAACUUGCUAGAUUAUGCUGAAUAAUAUUUGUUGAAUUCAGCAGUGUAUAUCAUUUUCCAAUUAGCAAAUAAAAUCUCCCUUCUGCUUUCUGCAGAAUUUCCGA